ACACAGUUAAUUGUUGCAAACAUUAUAGGCAAACGAGUGAGCGAGCGCACUUCUCUUUCACGUUAGCCGCACGAUUUAUUUUCCUUUCCAUCUAUUCUUUGCAUAUUCAACGCGCUGGUCGCCGCAAUUUCAUCGAACAUCCUCCCAAUCGGUAGGUGAACAGUGUUCCGCGCUAGAUCGGAUGCGUUUGAUUCGCGAUCUCCAUGGAACCACGGGCCAAAACAUUAACCGUCUGCCGUCGUCGCCAUCUCAGUUCAUACUAACAAAAAUUGUAAUUGUGAUUGCCGUUGUUAGUCCGUUUCCUUGCUUUGCGCUGCUGACAGUUGUUUGUUGUGUUAAAGUUUCGCGCGCGCUAAACAAGUUUGGAAGCAUUCAGAUGUCUUGUCGUCGAGCGGAGCACGUGACGUGGACCUUAACGCGGGCGUAAGACGCCGGAAGGGGGUCGAUCCCUGCGGUGCGCGUAUUUUGUUUUGAUUUCUCCGCGUUUGUAGCUUUGUAUUUGUUUUAUGUUGUGUUGUUUCGCUUGUGUUGUGAAUUUGUGAGAAGCCUCUGGGUUGUUUACGAAAAUCAACUAUAAAAAUAAACGCAAAAGUUGACACUUUUUGCUUUUCAAAUAACAGCCAGCAAAUCGUGUGUUGUAACCAGGCAAAGUGCUCAAUGCUUGACAACUAAGACCCACAAAGGCUAAAAAGUGUUACACGAAAGACCUCAUAAUUGAUCCGCAUUAAAUUUAUCAAAUAAAUUUCAGACUAAAGCCCUAAAAAAUUAUAUAAAAAAUGUCUGAGAGCAAGAUUGCGACAUGAAGCUGCGCGUAUAAAGUCGAUAAACCGUUAAGAGCACUUUGCAAAAUAAUCCUAUCCAAAAACAAUUAAUGGAACUUAGUGAUAAUAUUUACAAUACAACAACUUAAAUAAAGCGUAUUCAAAAAUCGAAAACCAACAGCUUCUCUGAGCUACUGUGAACAUCUGAACUAUAUAAAUAUAUACAUACAUACCCACCUUAUGUACACACGUAUGUAAAUAAGUAAAUAAGAAAGCAACACAGAAGACGAAAGCAUGUCCGAGCUGCAAGUUAUCUCCACAAAUUACACAACCACCUCCAAAGACACACUGGAGCUGUUCGAACUGCCACAGAAUUAUUCCGUACUCAUUAAUAAGUUAGAGCGUCUGGCGCUAGGUCUGGACUCAGCCUUAGGCAAUUUCUCGUUGGAUCGGAAAGAAAUUGAAGUGGCUGUGGGCGGUUCAAACGAAUUUCUGGACCCGUUUAGUGGUCCAGCGGCGGGCGGUCAUAUACAGCCGCCCCGCAGCGCAUACAGCCAUCAUGAGACCGAAAUACCGUUGGUCGUGAGUGACAUUUGGAUCGGAGUCAUACUGACGCUGCUCAUUGUAUCGGUUAUUUUCUUCAUUUGUUCCUGCUUUCUUUACCACAAAUUCCAAGAGUGGAAGAAUUCAUAUCGGACAAAUCCUGAACCCUUGGAAAUAUGUCGUCACUACCCACCAAAUUACGAGGUGGAGUCCCUUCCGUCUUAUACCAUUGUCUCAGGGUUGCCAACCUACGAUGACGCUUUAGAAGAGUUUCGAAAAGCGGGCAUUAUUCUAACUCCACCCAUGCCAGUAGUGAAGAUAUUCGAAAAAGAUCCAGCGGCCGCUGACAACACGGGCAAAGAGAAUCAAAUUUUCAAUAUGGAAAACGGCGUGGGUACCGACAACGACAACGUCUCAGUAACUUCGACCUGCACCUGUGGAGCGGCAAACAAUGCAAACUCUAACAAUCCAAACCCGAUAUACACGGUGCCAUCGCCACUUGCACCACAAGUCAUCGAACUAUCACCCGAACAAUUGGCGGCACUGUCACAAAAACGUCUUUCGUUACAAAUAACCUUUAACAAUUCCGUGCGUCGCAACUCCCGCCCCCGUGGUAUCGAUCUCUAUCGCCAGGUGAAUCGUAAUAACUUGCUGCGCUCACAAGCUGUUGCUGCCGCCGCUGCUGCCCGCGACGGGUUCCCACAAAUUCACCGCUCAUCUUCGACGCUGACUUUGUCCAAUGAACCGAAUAUGUUGGAUCGACAUCUUAUGCAACACCUGCAGCACCGAGGCUCUCUCUAUUGAGUCCCUGAGAAGAACUGCAUUCGUUGCAAAUUCGUCGCCAAGACGAUACCAUUAUUAACUAUACUUUUACGAAUAUAAAUCAUUAUUGAACUGUUGAAUAUACUUACUUGUGUACACACACGUUAAUACGUGAAAUGUAAAAAAUUCUCUUACAAUUAGUAUUUUAAAUGUAGAUAUGAGUAUUUAGUUUAAAGCAACUGUAAAAACAUAUGCACAUAAUUAUGUAGAUGUAAUACUGUAAAAAAUCAGUUAAUAAACAUUAUACAAAUAUGUAUAUUACUAUAAGAACAUCCAUAGGAAAACUAUAUCUUUAAAAACACUUCCUGAGAACCCGCUGGAGUUGCAUUCUGCUUGGACAAAAUUUUUCCUUUACUUAUAAGUUCUAUAGAACAGACCAUUUCAGAAAAUUGUUUCAUAAUUUUGUUAAAAAUAUAGAUCCAUCAAUCCCAUCCCAGAUGAAUUUGUAUCAAACAAAACAAAGGAACUGCCUGCAACAUUUGAGUUUUGGAAUUUCCUAAUAUAGCUUUUGAUGAUUGUUGCUCUUAAGCUGGAACACUUCAAAUCCAGUAUUCGAGGAAUGUUUUGUCCCGAUACAUUCAUUGAUUCUUAACUUGUAUACUAGAAACUGAAAGAACAGGAGCAGCAACAAAUGUUAAAUAUGGUAAAUGCCAUCUACCAAAUUUCAUUGAAAUCGGUAGAGCGGGUCUCCUUGAUAUUGAUUUUACCUGAAAGUGGGCGGGGCAACGCCCAUUGUAAAAUUUUGACCCUGAUUCCCUUAAAUCCCUCUUUUUAUAAGGUAUACGGAAGCUAAGAGAAGUAUUGGCCCGAUUCAACCCAUUUUUGACACACAGUCAUACUAUUAUCAGGACAGAAUUUUCCUGAAUUUCAAUACUUAUCUCUUACAUUGACCGGGUGUUGGUAGGAUUUGAGCAAUUUAAGUAAAGUUUCAUCCCGUUAUAUUAAUUUCUUUUUGAUUUGUGCACUGGAAAAUGAAAGAAUCAAAUGAAAUUUCGAAUUGUGUUAUAUGGGAAGUAGGCCUGGUUGGAGUACGAUUUGGCCCAUUUUUGCACUGUAAUAUAGAAAUGUCACAAAUUACUUAAGUUAAGGGGCUAUACCAGUGUAACGCAUGAAAAAUUAGGCGAUUUUCGUGAUUUUUUUUUAAAGAUAGUACUCGAUUAAAUGUUUCGAACUUCUUUGAGUGUAAUAAGGUAUAUUUUCAGCUACUUAUAUUUUAAGAUUUUUUUUUUACAAAAGUGUUGAAAAAUAAAGGAGUUAUGGGCUGUCUUCGGAUUCCGGCCGAAUGAGUAGCUGACAGAAGAAAAUUCAAAAAGUUAAUUAAACUUAAAUAUAUUUUCUAUACAAUGACCUACGAUCUUUGAAAAGUAUCAAAAAUUAAUUUUGAAAUAAAAAAAUCGGUUUUUUAGGUAAAAAAUUGUCGUCUUUUUAUGCCAAAUUGACAAUUUUCAACAAAUCAAAACGAUCGUAGGUCAUUGCAUGGUAAAUCUAAUAAAAAAUAUUCAGUUUUAAUUUUUAGUCGAUCGGUUAAUUUCUCGUUGAGUUAUGAAGCCAGCAAUUUUGCAAAAUGUCGUUUCGAGAAAAACGCGUUUAAAGUUCCACUUACAUAGGCGUGUACCUCCGAGCCGUCGCUCUUUAGAACGCUGCUAUCCAAAAACUAUUCAAAAUACGACCUUGCCGAUUUCAUAGGAUAUUUUUGGAAAUAUAAACUAUCGAAAAAGCAAACAAAACAAAAAUUUUUUUUGAAUGUGUCACACUGGUAUAGCCCCUUAAAAUCGGUCGGUGGGGUGAUGAAAGUAGGCGGCGCCACACCCAUCGUCCAAUAUUUAUUCCGGCUCUAUAGUCCAAGUUUCCGGAUUUCAACUCGUAUCUUCUUCCUGAUCUUUUAUAUGUAUAUAUAUAACCCAUUUAUCUCGAUUAGUUUUAGGUGAUACCAAAAACCGUUAGGUGAACAAAACUAUUAUAUUCUGUACAAAAAGAAACUGGAGUUUCAUAACAAUAAAGUCCUGUUGGUAAUAAGUUAAAAGCUCUGCACAAAGUGAAGAACAAAUGCAACAGUUAUACAUAGACGUUAUAUAUAGACGUGUUAGUUAGUUAUAUAGACGUGUACAUACAUAACAUAACGUGUACAUGAAAUGUGCAUGCUCCUAUAAGAAAUAUUGCGAAUAAACGGAAGGGUUUGUGUCUUAGGUGCACAUCCUUUCUAAGGCAGCCACCAAUGUGUAUGGUAUGUUCUAAAUGUGAAUUUCGUAGCCUUGGACGCACUGAAAAUGGCUUCAGGAUUUUUUAGAACUUAAAUAUAGAAAACACGUUCUCUGCUACAGUACCUCAAGGUAUAGCAUAUUCAACGAACCGAAAUAAGUAUUUAACUUACGCUUAUUUGAGAAAAAAGUAAACGAUUCAUGUAUUUGUUUAUAUUGACCCGUCUACUAUACAAUUAUGUUGUUUUUAGUAGUGCGCACAAUGUAGAAAAUAAAUAAAGAUAAUGCCGGUUUUUAUUUGCUAAA